UGUCUUUUAAGCUUCCCAAGAUAUUAAUAUUGGGAAAAGCAUUAGAUGUGAGUAACUAAGUACUGUGAAAGAUACAUUUAUUAUAAAUACAUCCAAUAGUUUGAAAUGUUUUUGGCAAGAUUACAAAACAGACUGGAACAAAAAAGAAAAAGCAUACAUUUGUGCAGUGCGACAAAAUUGUCGUUAAAACGUUGCUGUCAUCUACAACAUGUCAAGCGCGUUGCUUAUGAAUAGACAAGUUAAAGUAUAUUUUUGUAUUUUGAAUCCAUAAGCCGGCAACUGUGCAACUGUAUUCCUAUUAAAGUGGUAUUGCUUUAACAGGUCUUUAAAUUUUUUCAAUUGCACAUUUAUAAUGCCUGUUAUACUACUGAACCGGUUACCUUUACCAAAUUUAAAAACAUACGUGUGCUUAAGUGUAUUGGCACUUUCGUCAUGUGUUUAUUUUGCUACCACAGUUAUCAAAAACCCCGACUGGAAUAAGGGCAAAAGUGGAAUUAGCAACGAGAAUGAGACUUUCAAUGAAACAGAUAAAUUUUCAGGAGAUACAAGGCCAUUACGACAGUAUAUAUCCGAGAUAUUUUUAGUAAUGGUUCAUGAAGCAGUUUGUGUUUGGGUAAUGAUAAACAUGGCAUGUUGUUGCCUUAUAUUACUUGGACGAUGUAUACAAAAGUUAGUUUUUGACGAACUUCGGAUUUCUGAGCAACAACAUUUGGAAGAGAAGUUUUGGAACUUUAUAUUUUACAAGUUUAUAUUUGUAUUUGGCGUGAUAAAUGUACAAUAUAUGGACGAAGUUUUACUCUGGUGCUCUUGGUUUUCGCUACUUGGUUUUUUACACUUACUUUCACAAUUGAGCAAGGACAGAUUUGAAUAUAAUUUUCAGUUAUCAUUUUCUUUAACGACGCCUGUAUGGAAUCACGUGAAACUCCUGACGCUUCUCAUAUGCAUCUUCGCACUGUCAGGUUUCAUGCUACUGAUAAGCACAUUCGUAGGCUUUUUCGAGGGACUUAAUACAUUUGCAUUCAUGUCAGCAGAGGUUAUUUUGCUGAGUUUACGGACUGUACAUGUAAUUUUGCGGUACGUCAUGCACUUAUAUGAUGUGUUUCGAGAUGGUUCAGGGUCUGUAAGUAAUGUAUCUAGUUCUGUUUGGGAAAAAAGAGGUCCCGUCGUUUACUACGUCGAAUUGGUUUUUGAAAUGAGCGCUUAUAUCAUUGAUUUUGUACACCACCUUCAUAUGCUUGUUUGGAGCAAUAUAUUUUUAUCAAUGGCUAGUUUAGUAAUCUGCAUGCAGCUUAGGUAUCUCUUUCAUGAGCUCCAACGAAGAUAUAAAAAACACAGAAAUUAUUUAUGGGUUCUAAAACAUAUGGAGCAAAAUUAUCCUAUUGCUUCACCAGACGAAUUAUCACAAAAUUGUGACAAUUGUGCUAUAUGCUGGGAGAAGAUGGAAUCAGCUAGAAAACUCCCAUGCAACCACCUGUUUCAUACGAUGUGUUUGCAAUCUUGGCUGGAGCAGGAUAAAUCUUGUCCUACUUGUAGAUUAACAUUGAAUAUUGAAACUCCUAUGGGAGGGCGUGUCGAACUCCUGCCAGAAUUACAGAAUGACCCUCCACAACCUACCAGGAGACAUUUGAACCAUUUCUUUCAUUUCGAUGGUUCACGAUACGUAUCGUGGUUGCCCAGUUUUUCGGUGGAAGUGAGUCAUGCUCAGCUAGUACGACCAGACCAAUUAGUGGCCACUAAUUCUCAGUUGGACGCCAUGGCCAGGCAGGUGCAACAAAUGUUUCCUCAUAUUCCUCUUUCCACGAUCGUAGACGAUUUGAGGGUCACUAGGUCGGUGGAGCUUACUGUGGAAAACAUUCUUGAAGGGCAUGUGGUUCCUCCGCCAAUUUUUCGCGAAUUGGACGUUCGCCCAACGGUGGUUCCAAUGUCCACUAAUUCUAGAAACUCUCCAACUGGUGAUUCGUUUAACGUCGAUGAGGAAUCGUCUGAGAAUUGGGACGAACUUACUUCCGAUAACGUUGACAUGGAGGAAUUUUCGGGUCUUGGAAGUCGUUUCUCAAAGUCGUCAUCCGAAAGAGAGUACAUGUUACAUAAACGUAAAGAACAAAUGUUACGCGUGGCUAGAAAGAAGUACAUGGAAAAACAGAAGACGAAACUGGAUUCUUCCCAGAGGUGAAGAUGUUAAUAAAUCAUGUCAAUAAUCCUCCCGCCUCGUACUGGUGAUUCUCGUGUUGGCUCAAGGCAAAGUAAAGGCUCGUUCACUUACUAAGGGACUGAAUUAAAUGCUAGUUAGUAAACUGUUUAUAUUGUAUUGUACGAAACUAUUUUUUUUAUUGGCAGUACUUACAUCCUAUACCGCAGCUUGUACUCUAGUAAAUAAUUACUAACAACUAACGACGGUUCAGAGAACCUUAGAAGUGUUAAAAUUAUCGUUCUGUUUAGACAGAAUAGGCGCCUGUGUCUGUUGUUGUAGCUCUCAAUAUGCAUAUGCUAGAGUUGCUAAUAAAUUUGUGUGUGAAGUCCGGUGAA